AUGGAGAAAGCAAAUCAAACUGGGAUGAUCCUCUUCCACUUUCACCCCUUCUCUAAACUCCAUGAAGUGCAGGUGCUGAUCUUUGUGGUCUUUCUCAUUAUGUACCUGGUCAGCAUCAGUGGAAGCGUCUCCAUUUUCCUCACCAUCUGGAUCACCAGGUGUCUCCACACUCCCAUGUACUUUUUCCUGGCAAAUCUGGCAGUUCUGGAGAUCUUCUACUCUUCCACCAUUGCCCCUCUGACUCUGGCCAGCGUCUUGUCCACAGAGAGAACCCUCAUCUCCCUGCCGGGCUGUGGUGCCCAGAUGUUCUUCUUCAUCUUCCUGGGCAGCACUGACUGCAUUUUGCUUGCCGUCAUGGCCUAUGACAGGUUUGUGGCCAUCUGUCACCCUUUGCACUACACGCUCAUCAUGAGUUGGCGUUUGUGUGUCCAGCUGGCUGUGGGGUCUCUGUUGCUGGGGUUCACUUUGGCCAUGCAGCUGACUGUGCUCAUUUUCCAACUUCCUUUCUGCAGCAGCAAAGAAAUCAGCUUAUUCUACUGUGAUGUCCUCCCUGUCAUGAGACUGGCCUGUGCAGACACCCAUGUGCAUGAGGCCACUCUGUUUGUGGUCAGUGUCACCGUCCUCACUAUUCCCUUCCUGCUCAUCACUCUCUCCUAUAUUUUCAUUGGUGCUGCCAUUCUGAAGAUCCAUUCAGCAGAGGGGAGGCACAGGGCCUUCUCCACCUGUUCCUCCCACUUGUCUGUGGUCCUUCUCCAAUACGGAUGUGGAAGCCUCAUCUACUUGUGUCCCAGCUCCAGCUACUCUCCUGAGAGGGGCCAGGUAGUGUCUGUGGUUUACACAUUCAUCACCCCUGUGCUGAACCCCUUGAUCUACAGCAUGAGGAACAGAGAGCUUAAGGAUGCUUUGAAGAGAGCAAUGAUGAGGCUUCUUCUUCUCUAA